UCUUCCUGGUUGGAUAAACAAACAAACCGUCUCUAACUUUCUGUUACUGGACUCUGCUCGGUCGCACUAACAGAGUUAAAACUGUUAGAAUAAAUAAGAAAGCAUAAAUAAGCUGAUAAAAUGGAGAUAAUAUCCAGUGUUCUGGGCUUAGAGUGGAUGGAUGGAAGGAGUGUUUUGAUAUUUCUGUGUGUUUUUCUGUUGUUAGCUGAUGUUUUAAAGAACAGGGCGCCUCCUAACUUCCCUCCAGGACCCUGGGCUUUGCCCUUCAUCGGUCACCUUCAUCUCAUGGAUCCCACCAGGUUCCACCUGCAGAUCCCUGAGUUUGCAGAGAAAUAUGGAAACAUUUUCACCCUUCGGCUCUUUGGUGGAAGGAUUGCGGUCGUCAAUGGCUACAAGCUUGUGAGAGAGGCCCUGGUCCAGAAAGGAGAAGACUACAUGGAUCGCCCCUGCAUACCAUUGUUUGACGCAUUAGUUGGGAAUAAAGGUUUGGUGAUAUCGAAUGGCCAUAAAUGGAAGCAGCAGAGGAGAUUUGCUAUUCGUACACUCAGAAACUUUGGUGUUGGCAAGAUGACGUUGGAGCCAUCCAUCCAGCAGGAGGGCCAUUAUCUCUCUGAGGCUUUUGCCCUUCAGCAAGGCAAGCCUUUUAAUGCCCAGUCACUGAUGAACAGCGCAGUGUCCAACAUCAUCUGCUGCCUGGUGUUUGGGGAUCGCUUCGAGUACACCGACAAGCAGCACCAGGGUAUUCUUCAGAGCUUCAACGAGUUAUUGUACUUAGAGGGAGGUGGAUGGGCACAGCUUUACAGCAUGUUACCCUGGCUGAUGAAGUGGCUGCCUGGACCUCACCGGAGGAUAUUCACUCUGACACAUAAUAUAAUUGACUACAUAAAAAUCAAGAUCCAAGAACACAGAGAAAGCUUUGACCCGUCCUCACCGAGAGACUACAUCGACUGCUUCCUCACAGAGAUGGAAGAGAACGAGGACAAAGAUGCUGGUUUUAAUCUCGAGAAUUUGAGUUUUUGCACUAUGGACCUGUUUGCUGCUGGAACUGAAACUACUACCACUACUUUACACUGGGGACUGCUGUACAUGAUCUACUACCCUCACAUACAAGAGAGGGUCCAGGCCGAGAUAGAUGCUGUCGUAGGUUCAUCCAAGCAGCCCUCUAUGACUGACAAGGAAAACAUGCCCUAUACUGAUGCAGUCAUCCAUGAAAUCCAGAGAAUGGCCAACAUCUUACCCCUCAAUUUGAUCCGCACGACAAACAGGGAAACAACGCUGGACAAGUACACAUUCCCAAAGGGCACCUUUGUCCUGGCCACACUGAUCUCUGUUCUACGUGAUGAGUCGAUGUGGGAAACUCCGCACUCCUUCAACCCUCAACAUUUUCUGGACCAGGACGGCAAAUUUAGGAAGAGAGAAGCCUUCCUUGCUUUUUCAGCAGGGAAGCGUGUGUGUCUCGGGGAGCAGCUGGCCAGGACGGAGUUGUUCCUCUUCUUUACCUCCAUCCUUCAGAGGUUUUCUUUAACGGCACCCGAUGGAGAGCAGCCCACUCUGGAGUUCAAGUUAGGAGCCACUCUCUGUCCCAAACCUUACAGCCUCUGUGCCGUACCACGAUAAACCACCAACUGUCCUAAAGACUACGUUCACAUUACAAGCAAAUGUGGCCCAAAUCCGAAUUUCUUUGCUCUUCCGUGACACAGAAAUACUGAACUCUCUCCACAGAACUAUAUGGCAGUCCAUCACUGGUUAUCAGACAUCGAUAAUGUUUACCUGACAAAAAAUACUUUUUCUAUAUUACUCGGUUCUUCUGCUAAAUUCAGCGUCAUUUUCACUCACUGUAAUAAAUCAGCAGUUAUAAAAAUGUGUAGACGGCGUUAUUAAGGCAGACGAGCAUUAUCUGAUCACAUUUAUUCACUUUACAUGGAACUAAAGUGAAUACCAAAUUAUGUUAAAUCAUGUUCACCGAAUGAGUUCUGUUUAUGAGUAGUAACAAAUCAUAAAUAAUCUUUUAGAAGGAGUAGAUGUUUACCGGUAAUCUCAGCUCUGUUAAAUUAAGCAAUAUAUUAACAGGGGUUUUCCAACAGUAGGAAACAGUUGAAGACUUCAUUUGUCUUGUCAGUCAUUUAAAAUGUAAAUUAACUU